CUCUUCUUCAUUCCCGGAGCUUUCCCUUUGCAUUGAAACCCCGCACCGCAACCCAUCAUGGCCAAUCCCGCUCAAGAUUUUGAAGUUCAGAUCGCUGCCGAAGAGGAGGUUUGUUGACACGAUAUGCCAUUAAUGAUAUACGUUGUGUUUGAUUCUUUUACUUGCAGCAGGAUGAUUCUCGCUCCGAGAUGGGAACCAGUAUUGCGUCCUCUAGUACCAGUCUGCGUAGCUCACUAUUGGACUAUCGCCGGGAGAAUGGCCGGACUUAUCACCGAUACAAGGAUGGCAAAUACCAAUUCCCGAACGAUGAGCGGGAACUUGACAGACUUGAUCUGGUUAAUCACCUGUGUCUCCUCACGCUGGAUGGCGAACUUGGCAUAGCCCCUCCCUGCAGAGAAGACGCCAAAGUUGGUCGUGUUCUUGACGUCGGAACGGGCACGGGAAUCUGGGCGGUUCAGUUUGGCGACGACCACCCCGAGGCUGAUAUCUUGGGUAUCGAUCUUUCGGCCACCCAACCUAGCAGCGUGCCUCCCAACGUGAAGUUCGAGGUCGAUGAUAUCGAAGACGAGUGGACCUUUUCGCAACCAUUCCAAUACAUCCAUAGUCGCUUCAUGACAUCUAGUAUCAGGGACUGGAGACUGUUUCUCCAAAGAUGCUACGAUAACCUCGAACCUGGUGGCUACGUUGAGCUCCAGGAGACCGCUAUUUUUGCUCAAUCUGACGAUGGAACUUUGAAGCCUGAGCAUGCUCUGUCCGAGUGGGCUAAGUAUCUUAUGGAAGCGUCAAUCAAGCUUGGAGCAGUGUGGGUCGAUACGCCCGAGUUGAGGGAGAUUAUGAUUGAGGUCGGGUUCGAAGAUGUGGCGCUGAGCACUUACAAGUGGCCGACGAAUACCUGGCCGAAAGACAAAUAUUUCAAAGAGCUGGGCUCAUGGAAUAACGAAAAUUUUAUGGCUGGUAUGGAGGCAAUUACGAUGGCUCCCCUCACACGUGCCUUGGACUGGAGCCCCGAAGAAGUUAGAGUCUUCCUCAUCGAAGUCCGCAAGAACGGAAAUGACCGAAACAUUCACGCCUACUGGCCUCAGCAUGUUCUCGUUGGGCGGAGGCCCAUCAAAGAAAAGGAAGGCUCAGCACCAGCUCUGCCACCGGCUGCGGGUGCGUCUCCGGCUCCAGCAUAGAGUGGACCAAGACUUGGCCAGCUCCCAGAGCCAUGCAGGCUUAGUCUAGAAUACAUCCCCGCAACUCCAUUGACGGACCUUCCUUCGUUAAGUUGUAUUGAAUAAAAUGAUACCGAGGACUCAGUGUGAUUUUUACGUUGACACAUUUCUGUCUUCGGUGAUUAAUGCAAUUGGUAACUGGUACAAAGAGACUUCUGUAAAGAUC